ACGAGUUUGCUCGCAGACGGAAGAGCAGCGCGAGAUAUAAACAACUCGAGGCUUUAAACAAGGAAUAUUUGAUAGACAACACGGAUGUAAUAAUGGGAAAGUAGCAGCUGAAGGAGGGAAAACUCCCUCGUCUGAAGACGGUUUGAUCAGUCAUGGCUUCUGAACUCCACGAAGCCAUUUUUAUGGCCAAACAAGAGAGACACAAGAAUCUUUUCCUGAACUACAGAAACCUCAAUAAUUUCCCUGUGGAACUGCUGAAAGAUGAAGGCAUGCAGUUCCUUGAGCGUCUCUUUAUGAAGAGAAAUUCCCUCACCACACUGCCAGAGAAUCUGGCUCAGAAAAUUCCCAACCUCAUUGAACUCUACCUGCACUCAAACAACAUUGCAAUAAUUCCUCAAGCAAUCGGUGAGCUGGUGAAGCUGCAGUCAUUGGACCUGAGUGACAACGCUCUGCAAAUCAUCUGCCCAGAGAUUGGUCAGCUGCGCUCAUUACGACACCUACGAUUGGCCAACAAUCAACUCAAAUUCCUCCCGCAAGAGCUGGGAGAUCUGCGAGAGCUGGAGACUUUGGAUGUGUCGAUGAAUCUCCUAAGGACUCUUCCUGAGCGUCUCCAUCAGUGUGUGUCUCUGCAGUGUCUGACGGCGGACCGAAACCUGUUGCACUGCCUCCCUCGCCAGCUCUGCCUGCUGCCUGACCUCAACGAGCUCUCCAUGGCCGCCAACUGCCUGACAUCACUUCCUCUCGAUCUGGGACGCUCCAUGGAGCUGCAGUUUGUGUUCGUAGACAACAAUGCUCAUCUGAAGGGUCUUCCAUCGUAUCUUUAUAACAAAGUCAUCGGCUGCAGUGGAUGUGGUCUGGCUCUGCAGAUCUCGGACAUGAAGCAGCUCUGCUUGACUUUGGGAGAUGUAACUGUUCCUCUGCCCUCUGAAGUGAAGGCCAUCGGCUCCGAGUCUGAACGAGUACUGCCUCUUGAAGAGCUGGCCUGCAGGGUCUUGCACGCGGCCUACGACUGGACCUGUAAAGAUGUGAAGCUCCGAACUCCAUUCCUGAUGCCCAAGAGUCUGCUAGAUGUGGUUCAGUGGCCUCUGGGUCACUGUCACCGCUGCAGUCAGCCCAUGUUCACUAUCAUCUACCCCAAACUCUUCCCUCUCAGAGAAACCGCCCUCGCUGGAGUGCACAGGAGAAGCACAGUGAGUUUUGUAGCGUACUGCUGCUCCAGCCGGUGUAUGAGCACGUUUGACCUGCAGGCCUGACGAUGGGCCUUCAUCAACACUCAUCGGCUUUUAUCUUCACUGAGGACUUGAAGAAGCUCUCACCCGAAAGACAGACAGACAGACAGACAGACAGACAGAGAAAACUGACACCUGUCUGAGCUUCAGAAACACACCCCACUGUCCAGCAUCCUGAGGAACAAAAACCAGCAUUCGGGUAAACCCAAUGACAUUUCACAAAUGAAUGUAGAAUGAGAGUCAAGGCAUUGUUUGUUUUGGGAUGAUUACGGUUUACUGUAAUCAAAAGGUUGCAUACUGCAUAAUUUAUUCUGUGUUUCAGAGUUGUGCUGUUCAAUAGUUAAUCAUGACUUACUGUGUACAAAUGAAGAGUUUGUGUUUACAUGUGUAAAUGUGUGUAUGUUUAUUAUGCAUAUAGACAUGGACACAUUCAUGUACACUGUAAUAACAAAAAGUUGACUCAACCUAAAGUUUUAAGGCUACAAACUUCAGGACGUUUUUGAGUUGACUCAACUUUCAACCCAAUUACGUUACUUGACUCAAUUUAAGUUGAGUAAACUCAAACAUGUCCUGAAGUUGAAGUCCUGAAGUUGAACACGAUUAAUCGUUAAACGGCAGAGAAACAAAAAUGCUCAUUCAGAUAGGAUUGUUUUGGGAUUAUUAUGUAACCAAAAAGUUGCGUAUUCUAUCAUUUAUUCUAUGUUUCAGAGCUGUGCAGUUCAAUAGUUCAUCGCGACUAACUGCAUACAAAUUAAUAGUUAGUAUUUACAUGAUAUAUGUGCAUUUACUGUGUAUAUUUAUUAUGUAUAUAGAAAUGCACACACAUACAUGUAUAUGUUUGAAUAUAUUUACAUAUAUGAAUAUAAUAUUCUAAGCGUAUACAUGGAUGUGCAGUACGCACAAAAUUAUAUUGUAAACGCAAACUUCAUUUAGUAUGCGAUUAGUGGCGAUUAAUCAUUCAACAGCAGAGAAACAGAACGCUCAUAUAUUAUUUUGGAAUUAUUACGGUAAAAAGUUGCAUACUGUAUUAUUUAUUCUGUUUCAGAGUAGUGCCGUUCAAUAGAUAAUCAUGACUAACUGCAUACAAAUUAAAAGUUAGUAUUUACAUAAUAUAUGUGCAUUGACUGUGUAUAUUGAUUAUGUAUAGAAAUGCACAUGUAUACUUGUAUAUACUUUACAUAUAUUUACAUAUAAUAUAAUAUAUAUGAAUAUUUCAUGCAUUAAUGUUUAAUAAAAAUGAUAUGCAUAUACUUUAUUACGUAAACGCAAACUUCAUUUUGUGUGUGAUUAGUCACGAGUAAUCGUUAAACAGCAGAGGAUAAAAAUGCUCAGUAUUAGGGUUAUUUUGGGAAUUAUUAUGAUUUAUCCUGUGUUGAGCGUAGUGCUGUUCAAUAGUUAAUUGUGAAUUACUGCAUACAACUUAAAAGUUUGUAUAUACAUUUGUAAAUAUGUGUGUAUAUUUAUGCAUAUAGACAUGGACACACAUUCAUGUACUUUGCAUAUAUUUAUAAAUAAUUUUGUCAGAUAAAUAUUUAAUGUAUUAAUAUUUUGUAAAAAAAAAAUCCAUAUGUAUGGAUGUGCAGUACACACAAAAUUAUUACAUAAAUGCAAACUUCAUUUUGUGUGCAAUUAGACACAAUUAAUCGUUAAAUGUCAGAGAAACAAAACUCUUAUUCAGAUAGGAUUGUUUUGGGAUUAUAAUGGUUUACUGUAACCAGAAAGUUGCGAACUCUAUCAUUUAUUCUCUGUUUCAGAGUAGUGCUGUUCAAUAGAUAAUCAUGGCUUUGCCAUUGCGUUCACGUGCUCAACAGAAAUGACUGUGAUUGGCCGUGAAGGUCAUCAAUUCACCAAACUCACCUAAGUGUAGAUACAGAAAUACUGCGUUUUAAAGCUGCAAAGAUCAGCUGGUCUGUCUAUAAGCUGACAGAUCCACUGAUGAAUCGACUGAUCUUCACGGCUUUAAAAUGCUCCAGUGUCCCUGUAUCUGUGGUUACACACAGUAAACAG